UCUUUAUUUUACAUUAUAAAUAGCGCAUUUGUGGUGAAACAAAAAAAACGAUUAAUGAUCGCUUAAAAUAUGUCUACCUAACAUGUUAGUCUGAAUAAUAAUUUAUAGAACGGGAUUUCUUACGUGGUAAAAGAAAAAAAAAAAAAACAACAAGCCGCUGACGAGCACAUGGACACGUCCAAGCCGAGUCCUUACCGAGGAAUUUUCAGAGGAAAUUAAGCUAAUUGGCUUUCUUUGUCUUUUUUCUCUUGUGUUUUGUGAAAGGUGACGUUUAAGAGCUCAGGUGUGUUCCUGAAUGGACACUGGACGUGGUCAGUUCUUGCUGAGUCUGAGGCAGGGGUUAGAGAGGACUCAGCCAGGUAGACCUGGAGGAAACUCAAGAGGAUGCAGAAAGAAAAAAGCUGCACGUGACGGCCGCAGAAGGAGGUCUAGGUCUGAAAGCUCAAAACCAGCUCCACCCCCACCUCCAGUAGUAUGUUGUCCUGCCCCACCCUGGUCUCUUCCUGCCUCCUGCUCCAGGGUAAAUUACUUUAAAAGACUGCCUCCUGAGGUCAUCCUGAAGAUUUUCUCCUACUUGGAUGCGGCGUCUCUCUUCUCCGUCUGUUUCGUUAGCCGCCAGUUUCAUGAGCUGGCUAAUGACAACGUGAUAUGGUAUGAGCUGUACUCCUGUGAGAUGGGCAGGAGAAAGUGGAAGCUGGACUCUGAGAGCGCUGAUGUGCAGGACGUCCCGGCAGCCGUGUGGAAGAAGCUGCUGUUCAGUGAGAUGGGCUGCCACAAGGACGCCGUGUGGAUGAAGAAGCUGAGACACAUGAAUCUGAACACGGGAAUGCCGGAGCAGACGGAGCAGGUCCUCAGGAGUCUGCGUGUAGUCUGGGAGAUCACACUCACGCUUAAGCGAGGGAAGCAGAGCGUGUACAAGCAAUCUCAGGCCUUUUUCUCUGACUCGUCCGUCACCGUGUGCUGGAGCGGCGGCGUCUGGCCGAGAAUUCAGAACGUCUACAACGUGCAGCUCCACGGAGUCUUGGGUUCCCCGACGACUAUAACAGCCAAGCCGGCGUGGCGCUCUCUCAUCAGUAAAACGUUGGUGAGGAGGAUGGAGAAGUGGAGGUACAUCGGCGAGGACAGUCUGGUGAAACUGGUGCAGUUUGAUGAAGGGAUCACUGUGGGAGUAUGGAGAGGCACCUGGAUAAUCGCCUUCAUCAUGGCCACCUUACACUUCCACAGACUGGUGGAGAGAAGCGUUCUCGGCUCGCUCUUCUGCCCCUAUAGGCCCAGGGCGUUCCCCGCCCUGCAUAUCGACGUGCCCCCGGGGUUCAGUGUCCAUGGUUACACGGUGCUCCUGCUGCUUCACAACUCAGUGAGACGCAUCCUGCAGUGCCGUUACUCACCUGUGCUCUGCACCAGAGAUAAGCAGCAUGGCGAAUUUGUGCAGCUCCGCCCUGUUCACAUCACCCAGAAACACACGCCCAUCUCGGGGAGGAUCAGUUUUCCAUGGAAAGCCGGCAAGCUGCAGGGAGACAUCAAGAACUGCUGUAUGAUGACCGUGUCGGUGCUGGACGAGGCUCAGAGGCCGGUGUGGUGCAUCAGCUCGUCCGCCGCUCUCUUCCUCCGUCACUCCCGCGUGGUGUGUGAAACCUACGACGGCGAGCAGUUGGCGCUGAGCUACGACGACACCGACGGGAAGCUGAAGAUGACCCUGGUAUGGAUGCAGGACCUGCAGCUGUACUUCCUGAUCGGACUCCACAUCUGGAUCAGCGUGGAGAAAAUGAACACGCACUUCCACAAAGUCGUUCAGGACCACUUCUAAAGAGACGUUUUGAAUUUUUAGCAUUUAUUUUGAAGGUUUAAAGUCGUGACCUGAUUUUAGGUAGAAGUGUUAGAAGGUUUGGUUUAAGUCUGGACACAGAGGUUCACUGGUUUUAUGUUUGAUUGUUAGAAAGUUUUAGAGUCUGAGUGUCACUCAGACUCUAAAAAAGUCCUGUUUUCAGUGUUUUUUUCAGUCUCACAGCUGCUUGGAAACUUUCUCUUGUGUUGUGAAGUGAAUAAAGUGAGACUCCACUGUCCUCUGACCUGUACUCCUUUUAAUGUAAUGCAAAUCCCUGGGAUGCCACCAGGGAGCGCUGUGGGGCCAUUCUCCAUAAACAAAUCAUAUUUGUGAGAAAUUUAUUCAUUUAAUAAGCAAAUCAGGUGAUUUUAAACACUUGCAAUUUAACCAAUUUAAGUCAGGGCUUCUGAGUAACAGAAAUGUCUGGGGACAGAACAAGAACCUGAAACCAAACUAACGUUCUUCUUCUCCACAUCUCUCCUGUCAGUCAUACCAGUAUAGACACACCCCCAGUGACCCAUCACCCCGAACAUAGCGGGAUUCAGUCCUAAAUCACAGCAUAGAUACUGUUAUUGAGAAGGAAAGAAGACAAUCCAACAAUCUCACACCGUUUAGCUCAGACAAAUUUAUUUCAUGCUUCAGUAACACAUUAUAUCUGUUAUAACAGUGAGAAUAAGCCUGCUAUAAAUGUUGGACAAAAAGGCAGCAUAUGUCUCCUCUAGCACUUGGCUCUGGGUCUAGAGGUUUAAAUUUUGUUCAGUGGUGCGAAAGAAACACUGAGAACACAGCAAAAAAAAAAAAAACUUGACAUUUCCAGAUGUUCCUGAAUGAUGACAUGCUGUGCUUCCAAAACCUUUGUUCUUCCUCACUGGUGCCAAAGGAAGAAACAAACAGAUCAACUUUCUUCUAAGCCCCGCCCCCCAGACACGCCUAGGAUGGGUGCUGAUCCGAACCCCGGCCCCCCAGACAUGCCCAGGAUGGGUGCUGAUCUAAGCCCCACCCCCCAGACACGUCCUGGAUGGGUGCUGUGUAGGCUCGAGUGCUUGGAUUGGUCACUUUGAAUAAAAAACAGAAUACUAAAAGAGAAGAGUUUACUGUACAUUUCCACAAGAUAUUAACAGGUCGCUCAGAAGGCUUACACUGUCCUUGCUACAGCAC